AGGGGCGUCACCACUGACGUCACCGUUUGAACACACAGGGUUCCUCGUGAGCCGUAAGCAUUAGCAUUAGCAUUAGCACUCGACAGACCAAGCGAAAGAUGCGGGGUCGUCACAGGAGCUCGCAUCUGGGCCUGUUGCUCCUGCUGUCGCAGCUCUACCAGGUGGGCUCGGACAACAUCCCGCCCGUCACCCUGGCAGUCCUCGGCCUCAACGCCUACCUCUUCCUCUUCCCCGCGGCGCCGCUCAUGAAGGCGUGCGUGAGCGUCCAGCGGGCGUGCGCGUCGGGCGAGUGGAGCCGCCUGGUCCUGUCUCCUUUCCACCACGCCGACGACAUGCACCUCUACUUCAACAUGGUGUCGCUGGUCAUGAAGGGCCUCCGUCUGGAGCGCCGUCUGGGCGCCGCGUGGUUCGCGUACACGCUGGCCGUCUUCUCGCUGCUCACCGGCGUGCUCUACCUGGCGCUGCAGGCCGGGCUCUCCCAGCUGACCGGCGACCAGUCGCACAGCGACGCCUGCGCCGUCGGCUUCUCAGGGGUUCUUUUUGCCCUGAAGGUCCUGAGCAACCACUACCACCCCGGCGGCGUGACCUACGUGACGGGCUUCCCGGUGGCCAACCGCUACGCCAGCUGGGUGGAGCUGGUCCUCAUCCACAUCACGGCACCCGGGACCUCCCUGAUCGGCCACCUGGCGGGUAUCCUGGCGGGCCUGCUCUACACUGUCGGGCCGCUGAAGAAGAUGAUGAAGAUGUGUGCAGGGCUGAUGUCGUCCAGCACCUUCAAGCCCGGAACGUCCUACAGAUCCUCAGGCUACAGUGGCAGACACUCGAGAAGCGAGCGGCACCCGGCGGACGAUGGGUCGUCGUCGUACACGGGCGGGAUGACGGAGGAGGAGCAGCUGGCGGCGGCCAUCAGGAACAGUCUCGGCGACACAGGUCGCCACCAGCACGGCGACGGUCCGGCUCCGCCUCCGUACGGCUUCCGCUUAACGGAGGAGGAGCUCCGUGCCAGGAGGCUGGCGCGAUUGGACGCUUUCAUGUGAAAACGAAGACGAGGAUCUCGGACCUCUCGGGAAUGUCGGACGCUCCCUCGACCGCGAGUGUCCGCCGCGCACGCUGAUGAACUUUGGCCUGUUGGAAACUUUUUCACGAGAAGUAUGAGAGGCGCCCUUUUUCUAUUUUUUGGUUGAAUUUGUCUUUCUAUUUAUCUGCUAAUGCAUCAUAUCAUGUGACACUUGUAAUAAACAUCCCUGUGACUAUUCUCAUUCAUCCAGCUCCUUUCAUUCUCAGGGCAUUGAAUGGAUCCCAAGGGAGCGUCGCGACGUUUGGCCGCGCGAGCGGGCGUCACGGGUUCAGGCGACAAAGUGUUUCGGGAUUUGUAGCAUUAGCGGCGCGCGCGCUCUAUACUGGUGGGCCAGCUCCAAUCCACGCCUCCGUCUUAGCCGGACAAUUCAAGAGCGUGGGUCGGAUUUGACAUCUUAACCAUCUCGGUUAAGAUGUCAAAGAAUACAUUAAGUUGAAAGUUUGCGAGUGUCAGCAAUGAGCGACACAGUAACAGGACCUGUCCUACGGUCUCCUUCGGACGAGCGAACCUGAACGAUGAGGUGCGCUACAAACGGCCGCGGGAACACUUUGCUAGCAGGAACUCAAGCUCCUGGGCUGGUUGGUGGAAAAGGGGCUGAAGGGUUCGAAGACGUUGGCCGCAUACUUCGCGAUGUUAUAAGUCACACAGUUGAUGCUGCUGACAAUGAGUCUGAGAGGAAUUCAUGGUCUCCUGUGAACAAUAAAGUCCGCAGUUGAUGGUUCCUGACUUGGGUAACGUUUGUAGGCACUCGAUGAGUUUUCUGCUCGGGUUUCUUCAGUCUUUCAUAUGUGUUGGCAUCGCGGAGAAGUCUAAGUACCUCGUUACCACCCAACGACUCGUUGACGGGCGGUGGCCUUUGCAAGGCAUCCUAACGACUUAUAACAAUAAUAAUAAUAAUAAUAAUAAUAAUAAUAACGCAUUACACUGGCUGCCAUUCUGUGCCUACGGCCCCUCCCUGCACCACCAAAAAUCCAACCGCAUUCAUGAUUUAAGUGCCAACAACGGCACUUACCCGAAGCGCCACGCCGUCUGUUUUGCAUUCCAAAAGAAUGAAACCAUUUGUUUGUUUGGGGCGUGCCUCCAACACGGAGCAUGAAUACUUGGGUUUCCACACCCGAAAGCAGGCCGGUGCUGUCCUGACUCAGCCCUGUUGCGUGUCGCGAUGGGCACGCCAGGUCUUUUGAGUGUACUGAAUCAUUCGCAUCAGUUCAUUCAAAAGAUUCGUUCUCCGAAUCGUUCAGUUCUUUUUCACAAACUCACCCAAGUGCUUCCUCAUUCAGUUAACGAUCCAUCCCCGAGGUUCACGUUCACCGAAGGAUUAUGCGUUGUGGGUGUCGUGUAUUGUAAACUAGGAAAGGCGGGGAGAUUAUUUAAAAAAACAAAAAAACUUGGGCUAAAUCUCAGCAAGCUCUCGAAGGCCCUGCGACUGGCUGGCGACCGGUUCGCCGUGUACCCGGCCUCUCGCCCGAAGAUAGCUGGGAUGGGCUCCAGCACGCCCGCGACCCCAGUGUGGAUAAGCGGUAAAGAAAAGGAAUGGAUGUUUUCAUGUACUUGACUGACUCAAAAAUUCCCCGUUAGCUCGGAGCUGCUAGUGAACGCUAGCCCCCGCGAGGACGUCAGGACUUGCGGUUCAAAUCACUCAUGAGUUCGUUCGCUGCGUAGUGCGUCGUUCCUGGCGCAAACCGAUCCCUCGUCGUACGAGUACAUCGCUCCUUCGCCGAUCGCAAACCAACAAGUUCAACGAACGAAUCGCUCGUGUCUUAACGGAUUGCGAACGAUAAGUUCAACGAACGACUAAGUCUUCAGUUCCUCAGUACACCAGUUCACUGAAC